AUGCCGCAGAAUCCCCAACCGAAGCCUUCUGGCACAAAGACGACAUUGGCGCUCCGCAGUUCGCCGGCGCCCCCCGUGGACAGCGGAAAGGCUGAGAUUGCGGUUGUGGGUUCCCGUGUUGUUCGUCUUCUUCGCGAUGCGCGGGCGUCGGUGCGGACACACCAGCGCCCUGACACCCCGUUGGCCAACGCGGCCCCACCGCGGCCGAAGCGUGGCAGUCGCUUGAGCGCAAUUGUUGUAUCCGCGUCAUCGACCCCCUCGCAGUUGGUAACGAGUGCCCAAAACUUUGACCGCGCGAUGUUUGAGUCUUCAUUAGAUGCGGCAAAAGGCAUUCCCCAGCUGCAGUUAGAAAAGCUGGCCGAGCUGAAGCUAUGGCUGGCCAACCCACAUCAUCAUCUGUGGGAUACGGCAGUGGCGAGAUUGCUGAAUAUGGUGACGUCGACAAACACGGAGGCGCAGGUCGUGAUGACUGCGGCGUCCAUGCUUUUGCGCCAGAACGAGGUGCAUCAAUUUUCGGGUCUUCCUUUCGUUAUUCGACGUAUACAUGGAUUAUGUGAGGGAGGCUCAGUUGGAAAAAUGUUAGAGGAGAUUCUGAUGCGUGAGUCCCUCAUGCAGCCAUUACUCCAGUUAAUGAACACCAGGGAGCUAGCGGACACCCAUACGAAUGUGCUGUGGGAUGUUUUAGAAAUACUCCGAAGCUGUAGCGCUAACAGUGGUGUGAUCUUAACACAGUUGGUGACACUGGGAGUGAUUACUGGCGCAAAUGCGCUGGUGAAAUACAUUUUUUCCUCGACGUGUGAUUCGCCUUCUAAAGCAACUUCUCCUUCUUCCUCUAGUAACGUACUCUGCACGCUUCUUCCUUCGCUAUGCUUGCUGUACCGCAAUCUAAGCACACAGUAUUCCCACCUUUUGCGCAAAUUGGGCUCCCUCGAUCUUCUUGUAGACAUUUUGGAUCGAUUUCGUGAGGAUGGGGUUGUGGUGCAAGCGGCGGCUCGAGCAAUGGCAAAAACGGUAUUUGAGGAUUGCUCGCUGGAACAUUAUCAAAAAGGGAAUCGUGCUUGUCGUGCUUUGGUUGCCGCACUGGAGGCAAAUUUAUUAUUGGGUGGCUUGACUGUUAGUCGGCUCUGCGGCACCUUAGCACGGCUUGUGGAGGGGAGUCGGGAGCUUCGGGAUUGGCUUAUGCGUCAUCAUCAUUGGGUGCUUGUACGUUUGGUACAGGCGUACAUUACCCCACAGCAGGUGGCCACCGCGGUGCAUGCAGAAUCACCGCACGAUUUAGAAGAGGCCCAACAAGAGGAUUUGUUACAAAACAUCACAUGGCUUGUGGGGGUGGCAGCCAUCAGCGCCGAGUGCUCAACGUCGUUUGUAAUUGAGAUUACUCCCCUUCUUGUGGAAUUUCUGAAGGACCUUGAUGUGAAAAAAUGGCAUCUGACUUUUAUUUACACCCUUAUGUGUUUGAGUAACCUCUCCUUCUUUUUUGAUGCGGUGGAGAGGAUGGAGGGCGGUAAUGUGGCCCUUGUGGAAAUUUACAUGACAGCCGGCCUAAUCCUUGCUGGGAUCCUCUUUGAUGGUGAUACAGAAGCAACAGUAGAGGCAACGCGGAUACUAGGGAACAUGAGUCUCACCAAUGCAGGACGGGAUUGGAUGGAGUCGCACCGCUGCGAUGAGGUGUGCAUCGUUUUUCUGGGACACGAGGAUCCUCGCAUUGUGUACAACUGCUUUGGUAUUCUGCUCAAUUUGACAGCAGCCGAUACUUGUCGUGUGGCCUCCGACCCGGAUCUUAUGCAGAUGUUAUUGCGGCAUACGGGGAGGUAUACACGUGAGGAGUCUAUCGAGGCUGAAAGGAUCAGAGAGAAUAGCCGUGGCAUUACUGCUUCCAGCGGCGACGAGGAUCAAGGUCUCAGCUACACGGAUCAGAUUGCCGACGUUGUGGAGAAGCUUCUCCUAAACCUAAGCGGUCUUAUCUAG